AUGCAGCGUACACGCUUCCGCUUUCUUUCUUUCUUUUUUCUUUCUUUCUCACUGAGUGUUUUUCUUUCUUUCUUUCUUUCUUUCUUUCUUUCUCACUGCUUGUUUUUCAUUCUUUCUUUCUUACUUUCUUUCUCACUGCCUGUUUUUCAUUCUUCCUUUUUUUCUUCCUUUCUUUCUUUCUUUCUUUCUUUCUGUCUCACUACCUGUUUUUCAUUCAUUCUUUCUUUCUCACUGCCUGUUUUUCAUCAUUCAUUCUUUCUUUUUUUCUCACUGUCUGUUUUUCAUUCUUUCUUUCUUUCUCACUGCCUGUUUUUCUUUCUUUUUUUCUCACUGCCAGUUUUUCAUUCAUUCAAUCUUUCUUUCUUUCUUUCUUUCAUUCUACCUGUUUUUCAUUCUUUCUUUUUCACUGCCUGUUUUUCAUUCUUUCUUUCUUUCUCACUACCUGUUUUCAUUCAUUCUUUCUUUCUUUCUUUCUUUCUUUUUCACUGCCUGUUUUUCUUUCUUUCUUUCUCACUACCGGUUUUUCAUUCAUUCUUUCUUUCUCACUGCCUGUUUUUCAUCAUUCUUUCUUUCUUUCUUUCUUUCUUUCUCACUGUCUGUUUUUCAUUCUUUCUUUCUUUCUUUCUUUCUCACUGUCUGUUUUUCAUUCUUUCUUUCUUUCUUUCUCAAUGCCUGUUUUUCUUUCUUUCUUUCUCACUGCCUGUUUUUCAUUCAUUCUAUGUUUCUUUCUUUCUUUCUUUCUUUCUUUUCUUUUCUUUCUUUUUUCUUUCUUUUCUUUUCUUUUUUCAGUGCCUGUUUUUCAUUCUUUCUUUCUUUCUUUCUUUUUCACUGCCUGUUUUUCAUUCUUUCUUUCUUUCUUUCUCACUACCUGUUUUCAUUCAUUCUUUCUUUCUUUCUCACUGCCUGUUUUUUUCUUUUUUCACCUGUUUUUCAUUCUUUCUUUUUCUUCUUUCACUGCCUUUCUUUUUUCUUUCUUUCUUUUUUUCUUUCUUUCUUUCUUUCUCCAUGCUAAUAUAUGCUUACUUUUUACUAAUAUUUCUUUCUUUUUUUUCUUUCUUUCUUUCUUUCUUUCUUUUUUUCCAUGCUAAUAUAUGCUUACUUUCUACUAUUGCUUUUCUUUCUUUCUUUCUUUCUUUUUUCUUUCUUUCUUUCUUUCUUUCUUUCUCCAUGCUAAUAUAUGCUUACUUUAAUUACUAA